AUGAACAUCAAUAAAGAAAUUGUACUAGAGGAAUUCAUCGGAUUAAAAACCGAUAAAUCCACCGGAACGGUAGCCUGCAUCCUAUGGCUGCCGAUCAUCCAGAAAUCUGCAGUCCGUGUCCUCUCAUGCACCACGAUCCGUUCGGUGCUUGGGAGCAAGUGGAGCCUGAGCAAAACUGAUGAAUUGGGAGAAGGUCUCAAGAUCCUCCACCUAAAAUCAUUGGCUGUUCAGAGCCUGAUAUUUCUGGAGAGAAAGACUGUGGAAUCUGCAGAGGCUGUGAGUGUGAGGCUGGUGAAUGGCAGCAGUCCGUGUGCCGGGAGGGUGGAGGUUUACCACGAUGGACAAUGGGGCACAGUUUACGGCUACAGCUAUUAUGGCUAUGAUCUGACCUGGGAUAUGAAGGCUGCGGCUGUGGUGUGUAAGGCGUUGGGCUGUGGAGCUGCGUUAUUAGCACCAGGAGACGCUCACUUUGGCAGAGGUUCAGGUUCCAUUUCCACUUAUGGUGUUCAGUGCAAAGGGAGCGAACGUGCACUGAGGGAUUGUCCAUCAGGGACUUGGGGUCACUAUUCCUGGUCACACUCCUCUGAUGCCGGCGUCAUCUGCUCAGAUCCGCUCCAGAAACCCAGCAUUUCCAGGAAGCCAGAUUCCCGGGUAUUUGAGAGAGGAGAAAGCGCUCAGAUUUCAUGUACUGGGAAUUAUCCUGGCAGCAAUUUCUCUUUAUACAGAGACGGCAAUAUUAUCGCAUCACGGACAGCUUCAGAGAAUAACAACAAGGCCACAUUUACCUCGUUGAAGAUCACGGCAGGAAAUUACUGGUGUACAUAUACCAAACACAUGGACGGACGAGAGCUCACAUCACCAGAGAGCGAGCGUUUGCGAAUCUCUAUGUGGGAUCCGCUUGAGAAACCCAACAUUUCCAUGAAGCCAGAUUUCCGGGUAUUUGUGAGAGGAGAAAGCGCCGAGAUCUCAUGUUCUGGUAAUUAUCCUGGCAGCAAUUUCUCUUUAUACAGAGACGGCAAUAUUAUCGCAUCACGGAUAGCUCCAGAGAAUAACAACAAGACCACAUUUACCUCGUUGAAGAACACGGCAGGAAAUUACUGGUGUAAAUAUACCAAACACAUGGACGGACGAGAGCUCACAUCACCAGAGAGCGAGCGAGUGGGAGUCACUCUGUGGGAUCCGCUCCAGAAACCCACCAUUUCCUUCAAGCCAGAUUUUCGGGUGUUUGUGAGAGGGGAAAGUGCUGAGAUCUCAUGUGCUGGGAAUUAUCCUGGUAGCAAAUUCUCUUUAUACAGUGAUGGCGAGUUUAUCACUUCGCAAUCAGCUCCAGAAAAUAGCAACACGGCAAUAUUUACCCCAUCUGAGUUCAGGGAAGGAACUUACUGGUGUAGAUAUGCUGAAAAUAUGGACGGACGGGUGCUCACAUCACCAGAGAGCGAGCGAGUGGGAGUCACUCUGUGGGAUUCGCUCCAGAAACCCACCAUUUCCAUGACGCCAAAUUUCCUGGUGAGAGGGAAAAUUGCUCACAUCUCGUGUUCUGGGAACUAUCCCGGCAGCAAUUUCUCUUUAUACAGAGACGGCGAGUUUAUCACAUCACAACCGUCUCCAGGGAAUAACAACACGGCCACAUUCACCCCCUUAGAGAUCAGUGCAGGAAACUACACCUGUAAAUAUACCACACUCGUAGACGGCCGAGAGCUCACAUCAUCAGAGAGCGAGCGAGUGGGAAUCUCUGUUCGCGCAAACUGGACCGUGAUGCACACUGUAGGACUUUCAGUGGGGAUUGUCACCGCGAUAGUGAUAACUGUGCUUAUACUGGGCUUCUCUGUGUAUAAGAGAGGGUGUCCGAGCUGGGACUCGCUCCCCAUUGGAGGAACACAACCUCAGCAGGCGACACAUAAAACCAGCAAAGUCCCACCUGAGUUAAACGUUUUCUAGGUUUGAUCCUACAGAGAGUGGAGCUGAUCACAAUCAGCCGUGUCCGCGAGCCCCACACAAACUGAUCGUUUGCUGAUGAGCUUCCCCCAAACCAGAGGCAAUUUUCUUUAAGCCUCACUCUUGCUCUCUCACGCCUCAUCUCUCUUAGUCUGUCCUACUGUCCAUGAGUCAGCGUGUGUAUAUCUGUGUAUCUUCUGCGUGUCUGUGUGUGAUGUCUGCGAGACUGCCAAUGAGUCUGUUUUACUCUUACGUUUCUGAUUGCGCGUCUGUCUGUCAUCCAUUUCUCUCAAUUUAAGCCGCUUCAAGAGUUCUGUUCUUCAGAUGAUAAACCCAGGUCCCGUCUGCCUGUUCAGAUAGAAAUUAAAUAUCCAACAGCAUUACUUGAAUACUGUAUUUCUCACUCACGGUAUCCUCCGCCAAAUAAAAUCUGACACUCACCCCAUGACUCUUUGUGGGGCACUGUCGUGUGCAACUGAUUGCCACGUUUCGCACACAAAGUAAAGUCACUUCAUUGUGCAGUCUAUCCUGCGAAGUACUUUCAGCCAUAACGAUGAUGGUUAAGUGGUUAUUUAAAAUGAAAGGAUUAUUAAUACAUUACUCUUUGUAUAAUCAUUACUAUUGCCAUUAUCGUUGACAAUUGCUCAUAAUUACCGAUACCCUUAAUAAUAUCAAUAAAUA